AUGAAUUAAAUAUUAGCGAAGGUGAAUUAAAACUUUUUAUAGAAACUAGAUGGACAUUUGUGUAUGAAACGGUUAAUUCUGUGUUUAAACUUAAACUUGUAUUAGAAAAAUCUCAAGAAUUCUUUCAUGAUAUAGAACAAAUAUCCAAAAUUUUUGCUCCAAUUAGAGCUACAAUUUUGCAAUUAGAAAGAGCAGAUUGUAUAAUGGCAGAUUGUUUUAUUCAAUUAGUUUGUUUAAUUGCAACUAUUUCUCAUAUACCAAAAGAAAGAGAUACGAUUGCAUUUCAAAAUAAAUGCAUAAAAAUUCAAUUGAUGGGAUACAAAGAUAAAUUAUCUACACAAACUUUUAUUGCUCAAAUUAUCAAAUUUAAGGAAAAAGAAUUUCCAUACAAAGUUGAAUAUGAUAGCCAACUAUUAUAUAAUGUGAAAAACAAAACUGAAGAUGAAUUAGUAGUAUUGAUUCAAAGGUCUUAUCUGUUUGAUGCCAAGAAUGAAAAUGAUAUAAGUGAAGACUAUGAAGAUAAAAAUAAUGAAGAAUCAGAUAAUGAUUUAGAGAUUCCUAAUCAUCAAGUAGUAGUUCUUGUUAUUAAUAACGUUGUAGAUUUGCAUCAUCAAGUGUUUAAUCAAGUAGGGGAUUUGUAUGUCUUUAAUGAAGACAAUAUCAAUUCCGAUGUCGCCAUGAAUGAAGAUCAUGAAUUUAAUUUAGAAGAAUUA